UUUCCAGGUUACUCUCUUUUGAGCCCCACAAUCAGUUAUUACUAUGCAGGUUCCUGUAUUGAGUGCGGAUUACGAUGUUUGCGAUAUGAGAGCUGUCAGUCAUACAACUGUUUUAUUCCCGAAAAUUCAAGAUUACAAGUGUGUCAUUUGAAUGCAGAGACAAGGAAGUCUAAACCGGAAAACUACAAGGCAGACAAGAGGUCGAAUUACUUUGAGCUUAGUCAGGUAUGCACUAUGUGAACAUCAUACUUGAAAUAAAGGCUUGUUGUGUUGUUGGUUUUAUUAAAUGAUUGGUUGACUCGUUGGUUGGUUGAUUGACUGACUGAUUGACUGAUUGAUUGAUUGAACUGAGAUAAAAAGACUCAUCAGACAUAUGGCUAAAGAAAUGGAGAGUUUGAUAUGAAAUAUACAAGUUUAAACGAGUCGGAUCGGAGUCGGAAAUAGUUUAUUGCGGAAAUGAUGUUUCUCUACUGGUUUCCGUGCAGGAUUUCAGAGUGUUCACGAUGAUCAUCAGUAAAAGGAAAAGAAAAACUUCGGUCUUAUGACAUGGGUAAGAGAGAUCUAGAAUACCCCAAGCUAGCGACCUGCUCAUCACAUGAGUCACCUAUUGCUCAGGAGUUGAAGCUUCCAACCUUAACUGGAAAGUGGUGGAUCCGAUUUCUCCUGAGGGCUCGGAUUUUUUUCCUGAUCAUUUCUACAUAUACCUGAUAUCUAAUUUAGUUUUGUCAUUCGAAGGAGACAUAACAAGAAAUGUGAAUGUUAGUGUUUCUAGUUUAAGUCAUCAGGCUUCCCUCUUUUAAUUUUUAAUCACUCGUCAAUGAAUGCAAUGGUAUGAUCAGUUUUACAUCUUUUCUUUCGCCCUUGGCCUGUGUAAAACUUCAUCAUCUUCAUCCAUCAAAGCUGAAGUUCAAACGUUUUAAAUUUAGGUGGCGAAUUUCAAGUUUAUCUGUCAAAACAGCGGACAAAGGAUAACACAUCAAAAUCAAUGUUCAUGUCCUCCUGGAUUCAAGGGCGUGACCUGUCAAUCAAGUGAGUGUGAAACCAAAGUAACGAGACUGGUUGUCAGUAGAACUGAUCCACCUCAUUCACCUGAUUAAGCAUAGUUCACUCUCUUGUUCAUUAUAAGAGACAAUGGGUGUCAGUAUAAUGGAAAACGCAACGAUUUUGUUAUAGGGGCUAUGGGUCAGCUAUGUCACGAGGAUGUCGCUGUUUUAGGCGUGUGCUAAACUCAUCACUGAAAUAGUCCCAUCACCCAUACACAAAAUGAUCCGUUAAAGAAGAUAUCAAACAAGUUCCAUCAGGGAGCACUAGGCAAUAAUUAUUUUUGGUGAUUUUUGCGGGCACUGAGCACUAACUAAAACUUGAAAAAAAUUGGCCCAAUGUUUUUCAAGUUUCAAUACACGUCCAUAUCCAUGCCAUCCUUAAUAACUGACUACAGGGAACAGUUUCAAUGCCUAACUAUAGUAGAUAUUGAUGCGAAGACACAUUCAGUUACCUUUAUACAAAGAUAGCAACUAACAAGACAUAGCUUUUUGCGGUUUGCGCAAGUAAAGGGUAUUGUCUCCCGUCAUUUCUUUUUCUGUGCUCCGGUGUAGACGGUAACCUCGUCACACGUUUCACUGUUUAGUCGUCUUUAAAUUUAGUUUAGGAAAGAUUAAAUCAUAUUCAAUAGAUUCUUUUUCUUCUUUUGUGUUCAGAGAAACUUGGUUAUUUCUCUUCAAGUCCUGGUCAUUCCUGUAAGCACAUCCGGGACUCUGGUGAUUCAACAGGGGACGGAGAGUACUGGAUCGACCCUGAGAAAAAUGGCAGGCCUUUAAAAGCCCUUUGUGAUAUGACAACUGAUGGAGGUAAAGAAAAAAUAUUUAUUAUAUAGAUACUGAUGAAAUACUAGGAUUUUCUCUUUUACUAAAAAAUCAUAUCUUCAUCGCGCGCAGUGAAGAUACUAUUUUUAUCUUUCACAUGUAAGGAUAUCGGUGUCGCCAUGGUUACUAACAUGAUUAGCCAAUUACAAGAAUUACAAGAGUUUCAAAAAGUUGUGUUUUAUGUAGGAAUUUCAUCAGUAUCUAUAAAAUAAACAGAACAUUACAUGGUCGCUGAAAAGUGCUGAAAGUAUGUCUCCCUCGUUCUCUUCGCUCACUCGUGAGAGAUACUUUCAGCACUCGAAGAUAAAAUUCGUAUCCCCAAGCAGCCAUGUAAUAUCCUCUAUAUCUAUUGUCUUAUAUGUCAACUCGUUGAAAAAGGCAGUGAUUUCACAAUCACUGGAAAUCAGUUGCCAAUUGUAACUUUGGUCUUUUUGCUUCCUGUCAAUUAUAGAAAAUAUUUCUGCUUGACUUUAGACUCGUCGACUCUCACUGCCAAAUAUCUAGCUUUAAAUCAUAAGUAAUAAAACGGCAAAGAUUCUCGCACCUGGAAAUAAAAAAAUUAUCUUGAUUUCAGGAGGCUGGCUUAAUGUUGCCACCUUAAAGAAAACCGAGUCUUCCCCUGCUUGGACCGCUGAAACUUCAUACCGCGAGAUCAGCAACUAUCAGAAUAACUUAAUGGGCAUUAGUACAAGUGCCAUGCGUCAACUGAGGUCGCACUUGAAGUUCACUCAACUGAGAUUCCACUGUAGUAAAGAAAAUGGGCGCACCUUUCACGUCAUCACGGUCAAUAACAGCAUUGGGGAAGCUGUAGUCCAGUAUUUCAGCGGUCAGUCAAGUGUCCUGCCCGCUUCAUGCGGCUCGUUCAUUACAAUGCAGGACGACAACUCGUAUUUAGCUCAACAGUGUCACCGAUGGGGAAACGAUGGAUCACGACAUUAUGUUGGAAAAUGGGGACACUUCAACAAAAACGAAGAACAACGAAUGUACGACCAUUCGGCGUUUGUUGCCUACCAAUAUCACUGGGUUGUUUAUAACAACGUAUGGCUCUGUGAUGAGCCUGGAGGCAAUGUCUUUGCAACUUCUACAGAAUAUUUCUGGAAAAUCUAUGUUCGCUGAAAAUGAGGAAUAA